AUGGACUCCACACUGGAUCGAACCUACGUGUCGAAUUACUUCGCUAAUCUGAACGAGAUCUCGAAAAAGAUCUCUCUCGACAUUGACGAAAUCCGUGGUGCGUACGAACACAUCUGGGAUGAGUUGAGUCGCGAAGAGCAGAUGGAAAUCGUGAACGAGACGAUCAUCAAACCCGAGUUAGCGCUGAAAUAUUUUGACAAUUUCUCCACAUCGUCCGAUUCGCUGCAGCGAAUCUUAGGAGGCGAUGAUGACGACGAAACCAACGGUGUACACGGUGAGGAGGAUCGAAACGCGAACCUGUACGACGGUCGCCGGUUGCAGACUUUCCAGUACGUCCGGACUGGCCGCAAGGUUGUCACGGAUGACAGUGUAGGAUUAUACAGAGACGAACACUCGGCUCCUUUCUCACAUAAGACCAAAAGCCAAAUCAAUCUGAAUAUCUUCCCACGGGAAAAGGAUCCAAAAGCAGAAGUGUCCAGUGCAAAAGCAGCUGGUCUGCUAGCGAAGAAGCUGAUGCUGAAAUCUCCGAAAUCGGACGAUUCGAGUAGCCUCGCGAAGGGGAACGGCGCACUCAAAGGCUUGGCGAAGGAGCACGAUGGACCCACCGCAAUGUACGAUAGUGAACAGAACCUGAUCUUGACCGAGGAAGCGUACGGAACGAAGACUACUGGGGCUGGAUUUUUGAGUAAGUUUAACAAUCUCAUUUUCAACCAAGCACCGAUGGAAAUGACGACCGCGGCUUCAGCCGCUUCGAUCACCGGCAGCGAUGAAAUCGAUGGCACGCUCGAGCAGGACGAGUUCGACACAGACAACGAUAAGGUGAACCUGUUCACCAAGAGCACUAAAAACGAGUGCCUUCACCGUGCUCAAUCGUCCUCAGUCGAGGAGGACGACAAAAACUAUGACGAGCUGAACAGUCUGCUCGGUAACAGCAAAGGCUUCGAUUUUCUCAACAAUUGGUAAACGAAUCGGGCACAAGGCUGAGCCAACACUAUACCCGAUUGGUAUGCUUCCUUGCCUUAGCUAUCCCUCUUCCAAACCCCUCUAGUCGCUCUAAUAUGCCUUUGAUUUCGCCGUAUACUUAUCGCUUAGU